AUGGAUACUAAACUACGUGGUGUUGCUGUGACAACUAUAACUGAACCAGCUGACAUGACGUUUCUUCCUCUCCUCUCCUCUCCUCUCCUCGCCUCUCUUCAGGGAAUCUUCCUGGUUUACGACAUCACAAGUGAGCGAUCCUUCCAGCACAUUAUGAAGUGGGCCAGUGAUGUGGACGAGGUGAGAUCAAGGGGGUCAGGGGUCAGGGGUCAGGCAAACCUAUUUCUAUAGCGGCACAGGUGCUUUUGUCAAAUCAGACUGAAUGACCCUCCCUCCCUCCCUCCCAGUAUGCUCCUGAUAACAUCCAGAAGAUCCUCAUAGGGAACAAGUCAGAUGAGGAGGAGAAGAGGCAGGUAGCUACAGAACAGGGAAACAAGCUGGCCAAGGACUAUGGGAUGGACUUCUUUGAGACAAGUGCCUUCACCAACCAUAACAUAACAGAGGUGAGUGGCUGACAGCUCCUGUAGAAACACUGUGUACGGCUGUCUGGCUGCCUGCCACAGGCCAAGCACCGCGGCCAGACUACCUGUAUGGAAACUACUGAUGACCAUAUACUGUAACAACAGUUCAUCCUCAGUUACUUUGUCUCAUUCUGUAUCUCCCAGAGUCCAAGUCAUAUAUUCACAGGUUGCACCUCCGUCACCGGUGGCACCAUAGUGGUGCCCUAAAGUGGUGAUAAACUCAGUCAUUCUGGACGGAGGCUAACUACUGUUUAGUCUAAAUUACACUACAGUGCCUGGUAAUACCAUGACAUUGGUAAAGUAGUCCAAUAUUUAGUAGGAAACAACUUUGCCAGCAUUAUUACAGUGAGGGAAAAAAGUAUUUGAUUCCCUGCUGAUUUUGUACGUUUGCCCACUGACAAAGAAAUUAUCAGUCUAUAAUUUUAAUGGUAGGUUUAUUUGAACAGUGAGAGACAGAAUAACAACAAAAAAAUCCAGAAAAACGCAUGUCAAAAAUGUUAUACAUUGAUUUGCAUUUUAAUGAGGGAAAUAAGUAUUUGACCCCCUCUCAAUCAGAAAGAUUUCUGGCUCCCACGUGUCUUUUAUACAGGUAACGAGCUGAGAUUAGGAGCACACUCUUAAAGGGAGUGCUCCUAAUCUCAGUUUGUUACCUGUAUAAAAGACACCUGUCCACAGAAGCAAUCAAUCAAUCAGAUUCCAAACUCUCCACUAUGGCCAAGACCAAAGAGCUCUCCAAGGAUGUCAGGGACAAGAUUGUAGACCUACACAAGGCUGGAAUGGGCUACAAGACCAUCGCCAAGCAGCUUGGUGAGAAGGUGACAACAGUUGGUGCAAAUGGAAGAAACACAAAAGAACUGUCAAUCUCCCUCGGCCUGGGGCUCCAUGCAAGAUCUCACCUCGUGGAGUUGCAAUGAUCAUGAGAACGGUGAGGAAUUAGCCCAGAACGACACGGGAGGAUCUUGUCAAUGAUCUCAAGGCAGCUGGGACCAUAGUCACCAAGAAAACAAUUGGUAACACACUACGCCGUGAAGGACUGAAAUCCUGCAGCGCCCGCAAGGUCCCCCUGCUCGAGAAAGCACAUAUACAGGGCCGUCUGAAGUUUGCCAAUGAACAUCUGAAUGAUUCAGAGGAGAACUGGGGGAAGGUGUUGUGGUCAGAUGAGACCAAAAUGGAGCUCUUUGGCAUCAACUCAACUCGCCGUGUUUGGAGGAGGAGGAAUGCUGCCUAUGACCCCAAGAACAUCAUCCCCACCGUGAAAAACAUGGAGGUGGAAACAUUAUGCUUUGGGGGUGUUUUUCUGCUAAGGGGACAGGACUACUUCACCGCAUCAAAGGGACGAUGGACGGGGCUAUGUACCGUCAAAUCUUGGGUGAGAACCUCCUUCCCUCAGCCAGGGCAUUGAAAAUGGGUCGUGGAUGGGUAUUCCAGCAUGACAAUGACCCAAAACACACAGCCAAGGCAACAAAGGAGUGGCUCAAGAAGAAGCACAUUAAGGUCCUGGAGUGGCCUAGCCAGACUCCAGACCUUAAUCCCAUAGACAAUCUGUGGAGGGAGCUGAAGGUUCGAGUUGCCAAACGUCAGCCUCGAAACAUUAAUGACUUGGAGAAGAUCUGCAAAGAGGAGUGGGACAAAAUCCCUCCUGAGAUGUGUGCAAACCUGGUGGCCAACUACAAGAAACGUCUGACCUCUGUGAUUGCCAACAAGGGUUUUGCCACCAAGUACUAAGUCAUGUUUUGCAGAGAGGUCAAAUACUAAUUUCCCUAAUUAAAAUGCAAAUCAAUUUCUAACAUUUUUGACAUGUGUUUUUCUCGAUUUUUGUUGUUGUUAUUCUGUCUCUCACUGUUCAAAUAAACCUACCAUUUAAAAUUAUAGACUGAUCAUGUCUUUGUCAAUGGGCAAACGUACAAAAUCAGCAGGGGAUCAAAUACUUUUUUCCCUCACUGUAUGUUGUCAAAUUUACUUUAGACAGAUGCCAAUGUUGUCAUUAGCUAGAAAAGUUCGUCAAAAAUAGCUAGCAAUGCUAACAUUAGCUAGCUAAACUCUAGCUAACGUUAUGCUGCAUCUAAAGUCAAUCUUUUCCUACUAAUUGCUUGCCUCCUUUUGAAUGGCAUUGUAUUUCCAAGCCAUUGUAAUACACUUUAGAUGAAAUCUUCAUCAGUUCUCAUUGAAGAUGCAUUGAGUAGAAUGCACAGUCGGGGCAUUAGUCCAAAAUGAAAGUUCAAAACAAUAUUGUGACGAAACAUGCAACCCAUUAAUACAGUGACAUACAGUAUACAGUGAUCAGUGGAGGCUGCUGAGGGGAGAACGGCUCAUAAUAAUGUCUGGAACGGAGUAAAUGGAAUGGGAUGUGUUUGAUGUAUUUGAUACCAUUCCACUGAUUCCGCUCCAGCCAUUACCACGAGCCCGUUCUCCCCAAUGAAGGUGCCACCAACCCCCUGUGAAUGACAUAUACAGUGACAUAUAUGGAAUAGCCUUCAUUUCUCAGAAGAAAGUUAUUUGUUUCUGGCCAUUUUGAGCCUGUAAUUGAACCCACAAUUGCUGAUGCUCCAGAUACUCAACUAGUAUCAAGAAGGCCAGUUUUAUUGCUUCUUUAAUCAGCACAACAGUUUUCAGCUGUGCUAACGUAAUUGCAAAAGGGUUUUCUAAUGAUCAAUUAGCCUUUUAAAAUGAUAAACUUGGAUUAGCAAACACAACAUGCCAUUGGAACACAGGACUGAUGGUUGCUGAUAAUGGGCCUCUGUACGCCUAUGUUGAUAUUCCAUUACAAAUCAGCCGUUUCCAGCUACAAUAGCCAUUUACAACAUUAACAAUGUCUACACUGUAUUUCUGAUUAAUUUGAUGUUAUUUUAAUGAACAAAAAAUGUGCUUUUCUUUCGAAAACAAGGACAUUUCUAAGUGACCCCAAAAUGUUGAACGGUAGUGUACGGUGACAUAUAUCAGUGAUAUAUAUAUAUAUAUAUAUAUAUAACAGAUUUGCACUAACAGUUAAAUUAGUGAUCGGCAUUGCAAAACACUUUCCUGUCUUUCACCCAGUCCUUCAAGCGAUUGGCUGAGCAGGUCCUGUCGGCCAAUAAGAAGGACCUGGACCUCCUGAGGGCAUCAGUCACAGACGAGCUCAACCUCGCCGCCCUGGAGGAGGAGGAGGGCAUCACAGACGGGGCCGAUGCCUCACAGAAGGGCUGC